AAUUAGGGCCUGGAGCCCAUAUAGUGAAGCCUAAUAUGAUAGAGCGUGAGGAUCAUGCCCAUGGAAUGAAGUAACUAACCCAGUCCCUUGACUUGGCUCGCUAGUUCGAUUCGAUUCGAUUCUCGGAGAUGAAGAAGGGCUUGUGUUGGCUUUGAGUUUGUGUUUGGGUUCAUCAUCGGAGCAAUUAAAUUCGCGAGAAUGCGAGAAUCUCGGUUUCAUCGGACUUGUCUUGUGCUCCGACUGCAACACUCUCUCUGAGUACGUCAAGGACAAAGUGAUUAUUUGAAUCGUCUAAAUCAAUAUCGCCAGAGGGUUUGGACUUGUAAAAUUACUGGAAAAUCUGGCUUGACUUAUGAAGAGGCUCUGGUGUCAGAGAAGCAUGCUGCUGAGAAAGUUCAACAGAUUCCGGAAGAAUUAGUGGCACCUGCUCUAAGGAUUAUCCAUUACAAUAAGGAAUAGAAAGAAUCAGAGUCAUGACACCGGCAAGAAAGAAAAUCGUGAAGUUCAAUGCAACAGAACUAAUCAUCUCAAUAUAUGCACUGAAAAGUGGAAUGACAUGCGUUGUCCAGCUCUCUUUGUUGGGUUCAAUAUUGUCCAAUAUGUUACUGGUGCUUGGGUGUGCAUUCUUAUGUGGUGGGAUUGUUAAUCACGAGAAGGAGCAAGUGUUUAACAAGGCAGCUACUUCCGUGAACUCAAGAUUAUUGCUAAUGGCAGUCAUGGGCAUACUUUUUCCUGCUGUUCUACACUACACUCACAGUGAGGUCCAUGUUGGGAAGUCAGAGUUGUCACUUUCAAGAUUCAGCAGCUGCAUUAUGCUUGUGGCUUAUGUUGCAUACCUAUUUUUUCAGUUAAAAAGUCAAAGAAAUCUCUACGUCUCUGUGAACGAGGGAGCAUCUAUGGCAUGGGAAAUUCCAGUAGCAUUUAUUAGUGUCAUAUUGCUUCCACUAGUGGGGAAUGCAACUGAACAUGCCAGUGCUAUAAUGUUUGCCAUGAAAGAUAAACUUGACAUUUCCUUAGGAGUAGCAAUUGGGUCAUCCACACAGAUAUCUAUGUUUGUGGAAGGAACUGCUAAUUACUUCAAAGGACUAAUGCUUAUUCUUUGCUAUCUGAUAGUGGCAACCAAUUUUUAUGUACAUCCGGCAGGUUGGUUGUUCUACCUAUUGAUGAUAGGCACACACAUUUACUUGGCAGCCGGCAGGUCUUUGGCAACAAGCUCUUUUGAUGGCCUCUGCUGCUUAUAAUCCUGUAGUAGUGUCAAAGUAAAAGGAAUACUACAGCAAUUUAAGCAAGGCUAGAAAAUCAAAUUAUAAUUCCGUUUGAAUAAACUUCUCCUCUUCCUUUGCUUAUGAACAUGUGUUUAAAGGAUAUAAUUAAAAGUUAAAAUGCACAACCUGUCUAUUGAUCUAUAGCCAAUAAAUAAGACGCUCAUAAUUGCCUUAA